AUGGGAACAAGGGAUACAAUCCAAGCUAUCGCCCAAACCCCAACAUGUCUUAUAGAAACCCCAAUGUGGAGAAUCCUCAAGACCAAGUGUAUCCUCCAAGGUAUCCACAACAACAAAGACCUCCUUACCAAUCUCAAGGAAGUCAAUUUCAGCCAAGGCAAGGAUAUGAGCAGAGAUCAUCAUAUCCGCCCAAGGAGCCAUAUGCUUCUUCACCAAAUCAAGCUCCUCCAAACCAACAAGGUGGAAGAUUUGAAGGAAUCCUCCAACAGAUCAUGGAUGGCCAGAAAAGAGAAACACUAA